AUGGACGGACCGAUGCUCGAUCCAGAAUCAAAUUUAUUGAAUGAUGAGUAUGCUCGUGGUGUUGGUGAAUUUAUGGAAUUGGCUUGUCAACAACCGAUCGCUCUAAAAACCCGUAAGUUGAAAUGUCCAUGUUCGAUUUGUCAGAAUUCUCACAAUAUUAGGAUUGAUUUAGUAUGGGGUCAUCUUUAUUCCAAUGGUUUUAUGCCGGGUUACAAGAUUUGGUUUCUCCAUGGUGAAAGACCAGAGUACAAUAGUUCUAGCGAACCAUAUAUUGUUGAUAGAGUAGAGGAACCUAGAACAGAAGUAGAUUAUGGUGUGGGUUCUCUUGAGAUGGUGAAUGAUGCAUAUAGGGAAAAUAUGCAAUCGAUGGGUCAAAAUGUUUAUAGUUUAGAGGAGCCUAAUGCAGAGGCACACAAGUUUUUUUCUAUGUUGGACGCAGCUAAGCAGCCGUUAUACGGAGGUUGUAGGGACGGUCAUUCCGCUUUGUCAUCUGCAAGCAGAUUGAUGACCAUAAAGACGGACUAUAAUUUGGCUGAGGAAUGUGUGGAUGCGAUAACUGAUUUUGUGAAAGACAUUUUGCCGGAAGAUAAUCAUUUUCCAGGUACAUAUUACGAGAUUCAGAAAUUGGUCGCCGGUCUUGGUUUGCCUUAUCAAAUGAUAGAUGUAUGCGAAGAUAAUUGCAUGAUCUAUUGGAGAGAAGACGAAGAUAGGACAAGGUGUCGAUUUUGUCAAAAACCAAGAUAUCAGGAUAGAAUCGGUAGGGUUCCAGUUCCAUAUAAGAGGAUGUGGUAUUUACCGAUCACGGAAAGGUUGAAGCGAUUAUAUCAAUCUGAGCGUACGGCAGGUCCAAUGAGAUGGCACGCAGAACAUAGAUCAAACGGAGAGAUUACGCAUCCUUCAGAUGCGGAAGCAUGGAGGCAUUUCCAAUCUGUGUAUCCGGAUUUUGCGUAUGAGCGACGAAACGUGUACCUAGGAUUAUCUACAGAUGGUUUCAACCCAUUUGGAAAGCAUGGAAGACAAUAUUCGUUGUGGCCAGUAAUCGUAACACCUUAUAACUUACCACCAUCUUUGUGCAUGCGUCGAGAGUUUCUUUUCCUUUCGAUUUUGGUUCCCGGUCCAAAUCAUCCAAAGAGGUCUCUUGAUGUGUUUCUCCAACCGUUGAUAUAUGAGUUGAAAAUGUUAUGGGAUCAUGGUGCUACAACAUAUGAUGUAUCAACCAAGCAGAAUUUCCAGAUGCGUGCAGCACUUAUGUGGACGAUAAGUGACUUUCCAGCUUAUGGGAUGCUAUCUGGAUGGACAACUCAUGGAAGGUUAGCGUGUCCAUAUUGUCAAGAUAACACAGAUGCGUUCCAGUUGAGGCAUGGACGUAAAACGAGUUGGUUUGAUUGCCAUAGAAGAUUUCUACCAGCUCGUCACCCUUACCGGCGUUCGCGGACAUUGUUUAGAAAGAAUAAGCAAGUGGUUGAUGCACCACCUCCUGAGGUCGAUGGACAUAGUUUACUAGAACAGUUAAGAGAUUUUGGAGCGGAGAGGACUACAGAUUGUGGUGGUAAUGGACAUGUUGUUGUGUAUGGUGCUGGUAUCAAUCACAAUUGGCAUAAACAUAGUAUCUUUUGGGUGUUGCCUUAUUGGAAAGAUCUUUUGUUAAAACAUAAUCUUGAUGUCAUGCACGUCGAGAAGAACGUCUUCGACAACCUCAUGAACAUUGUUCUAAAUGUCCCGGGAAAGACUAAAGAUAAUGUGAAGUCUAGAUUAGAUUUGCCAGAUAUAUGUGAUCGCGAGGAGCUUCAUGUACUAGAAAAUGGGAGAUGUUCAAUCCCGAUAUUUCGGCUAGACACGCGCAAAAAGGAAGCGUUCUUCAACUGGAUUACCCACGAUGUCAAAUUUCCUGAUGGAUACGCAUCUAAUUUGCGUAAUUGUGUUGAUAUGGCUGAAGAAAAGUUUACUGGGAUGAAGAGCCAUGAUUAUCAUGUUGUGAUGCAGCGACUUCUUCCAUUUGCAUUUGAGCAUCUUUUACCCGACAAUGUCCACCAAGCAAUUGCAGGUGUAGGUGCAUUUUUUCGGGAUUUAUGCUCGAGAACACUUACUUUUGACGGUAUUCGUAAUUUGGAAGAAAACAUACCAAUGAUCUUAUGCAAUCUAGAGAAGAUAUUUCCCCCAUCUUUUUUUGAUGUUAUGGAGCAUCUCCCAAUACACCUUCCGCGAGAAGCUAAACUUGGUGGUCCUGUUCAAUAUCGGUGGAUGUAUCCUUUUGAGCGGUAUAUGUUCCAUCUGAAGAAGAAGGUGAAAAAUUUAAGCAAAGUUGAAGGCUCUAUUGUGGCACAAAGUAUAAACGAAGAAGCGUCAAAUUUUGCUGAAUUUUACUUUCCUGCCCAAGUUCGUACAAAAAGACGACGUCCUACUCGUCAUGAUGAUGGAGGCGAAAUGGCUAGUUAUUCGGUAUACAUACCUAGCUUGUUUACCCAAGUUGGGAGACUCAGUGGGACACGAAAGAAUCGCCAACUGUCGCAGCAAGAGUAUACGCACUUACAUAUGUAUAUUCUCACUAACUGUGAGGAUAUUAUGGAAUAUGAGAAGAUUUACAUGGCGUUAAUACGCUCUUACUACCCAAAUUAUACCGAGGCACAACUUGAGGAGCAUAAGCAAAGAGAUUUCGUGCCUUGGUUGAAAUAUUAUGUUAACGAUGAAAGCGAGAAAGGUCAAACAUUUCCAUCAUGGCUAGUAGAGUUAGUAAACGGUCCCAACUACAUUGCAACGUCUUCUCCAGGGUAUUGCACGAGGGGAUAUGCAUUUCGGAUUCAUGAGGAAGGAAGUAGGCGGAGAACAACCGAUUCGGGUAUAUCAUCUCAUACAAGUGAUGUUGUAUAUUAUGGUGUCCUUAGAGAGAUUUUAGAAGUACGCUAUCCGGGGAUGUUAAACUUGAGAUGCAUUGUUUUCUUUUGUGAUUGGUAUGAUCCUUACAUCGAUCGUGGUGUUAGAGUUGACCGAUUUGGUGUUACGUCCGUUAACAUAAGACGUAGAUUGGUGAAAUAUGAUCCGUUCAUCCUUGCGUCACAUGCAGACCAAGUUUGCUACAUUCGCUAUCCUCGCGUUUCUAAUGCUCCCGAUACUUGGGUAACAGUUACGCAAAUAAACCCAAGAGGAAGAAUAUACGGAGUUGCCGAUCAUGAUCCUUUGCAACCUAGCGGAAUUGGCUACAUGGCCCCAGUUGAGCAUUCUUUUGAUGUUGACCUCGUGGUUGACUUCACCCAAUUCACAGAUGACAGAGUUGACUCUGAAUCCGAAGAUGAAAUUGGAGAAUUUGACGAAGAUGAUUCAGACUCAGCUUCUACCGAUUACUCUUCUGAUUCAGAAUAG